AUGACUCCUCCACCUUCAAGAGCUCGUGCUGACUAUGAUUACCUUAUUAAGCUUCUUCUCAUUGGGGAUAGCGGGGUAGGAAAGAGUUGCUUACUACUACGUUUCACAGAUGAUUCUUUUAAUACUAGUUUCAUCACUACUAUCGGGAUUGACUUUAAGAUUAGGACAGUUGCGCUUGAUGGGAAACGCGCAAAACUGCAAAUAUGGGACACUGCUGGCCAAGAACGUUUCAAAACAAUAACAACUGCUUAUUACAGGGGUGCCAUGGGUAUAUUGCUGGUCUACGACAUAACAGAUGAAUCAUCUUUUGACAACAUCAGGAACUGGUUCAGGAACAUUGAGGAGCAUGCAUCUGAUAAUGUAAACAAAAUAUUGGUGGGGAACAAAGUUGACAUGGAUGAGAGCAAAAGGGCUGUCCCAACAUCAAGGGGCCAGGCUUUGGCUGAUGAAUACGGUAUCAAAUUUUUUGAGACGAGUGCCAAAACAAAUUUGAACGUGGAAGAGAUCUUCUUUUCUAUCUCGAGAGACAUAAAGCAUAGACUUUCAGAGGGUGUUCCAAUAUCGGAGUCUCAAACCAUCAAGAUCAGUAAACCUGAUCCAGCAAGAGGCUCAACUACCUCAGCAACAAUGACGCUGAUACCAGCAUGCUGCAGCUUAUGA